AUGUGUCCAUCUCUCUCUCUCUCUCUCUCUCUCUCUCUCUCUCUCUCUCUCUCUCUCUAUCUAUCUAUCUAUCUAUCUGUCUAUCUUAGCCUGUUCAUAUCUAUAAGAGCCUCUUCAUAUCUAUCUACGACGGAGAAAGGUUGUGUAGUCUGGCGACCAGGACGCCCAAUCUCUCUCUCUCUCUCUCUCUCUCUCUCUCUAUCUAUCUAUCUAUCUAUCUAUCUCUUCCCCUCAUCUUCCCUUAUCUCUUGCCUUUCUUUUUAUCCCUCUUUUUGCCAUUCUUGUGACUUACUUGUCAGUUUAUUCACCUUUCCUUCUUUUCUUUUCAUCCUCCCUUCAUAUUUCAUGAUCGAUUCUUUCUUGUUCUUCACUCAGACGAGACAGAGAAAUGGCCGAUUCAUUUGCUUGGAAGUUGAUUUGUUCGCGGCAGCUUACAAGAAAAAUGCUGCAAAACGGCAGAAAUUAAAGGAAAAACAGAGACAGAAGAGAGAAGGAAGCGAUGGACAUGUAGAAGAAUGA